GCAGGUAUCUUGUGAAAGACCUCGUUUCCUCUCUGCUACUUUCCCGCGUAUUUCUCCGCAGCUCAUUGAUAGUGCGGAGUCCGCAUACGCUGUCUUUUUUUUUUUUGUUUCCUCUCUCCCUUUUCGCUGCUCCGUUACCAACCAGAAAGCCAACAACACCAAUCAUAAAAGUCGGUGAGUCGGUGGCAGUCGUUUCGUGCCAGGAGCUAUUUACCUUCUUGCUUUUCUCUCUCUUUCUUUCCUUACUGCCCGUGGUCAAUUCUGUACUCACACUCGCAGCAUUCUUAUUCAAAAGCUUCCCUUUUUCAGAGUCUCCUUGUACCUUCUGCAUUGUCAUGUCCGCCCUCGCGAACCGCACCGAUCAGCGCAGCAGCUUCGAUCGGCGCACCAGCCUCGCACGUCGCUCCACCGUCCGGGACGUCGUCGCUUCCAUCGCCUACGUCCCUGCGACGGCAGAGUCGGUCAAAAGCGUUACAUUCGAGUGGGCCCGCGCCUGCUCCAUCUACACCAUCCAAGGCGCAAACGUUUGGCACCAAGGUGGUGGGGAGCUGCCCUACCGCCCCGUGCUGGGCAGCCUGGCGAUGCAACCAAACACCGGCAAACACUUCUUCUCCUAUCGUAUCAACACCGAUAACAGUCGGGCCGGCUUCUGCACCUCGACGGUGUACAACACACCUGAGUCGUUUCGAGAAAACGAGUUUGGCAAGACCUUGGGGGCGGAUUUGGAUGAUAGCGCAUCGUGUGCGGAGGACACGGACGAGGUCCCUCAGCCAAGCUUUCUUCAAACCAUCGGAGCCGUCCCUAUUCGGCCCAGUUCGCCGUGGGAGGCCUACAUCGACCUACAAACCUCCAAGGUUUACGUGAACGGGCGGUGUGUGAAGCACUUGUGGCGUUUGUUUGUCCCUACGUGCGGUGGUGUCCUCUCCUUCGUCGUGGACACGGAACUCGGUGCGGUGCAGCUCUUUGUGGACGGCAAAUACGAAGGCAUGAUGCUGGACGAGAGCACUGGUCUGAAGGGGAAAACGGUGUACCCAUGCAUAGGGAUAUCCGGUCAGGAUGUAUCAAAUCGCAGCAUUGGAACCGGUUACAUGGGCGCCUUCGUGGAGCCAUCACACCCCUUCAACUGCAUUUACUGA